CUCUACUGGCCAGGGGUGUGGAGCUCUGAUGCACUGAAAAAUAACUCCUUACAAAACUGGUUUUUUUUGGACCCAAUAGGAGUGCCAUCACGUCAGUCUCUGCCGACUUUAGCGAAGCAUUUGGUCCCUAUUUUCACCUCUGACCUUCAUCAAGAUGUUUCUGGCCAAAAGACUCAUUGGUGGCAUACUGGAUGUUGUGAGCAACAUUGACCCCGGUCAAUUCGUGCCCUCAGAUCCUCCCCCACCACGCAGACCUCUGGCCUACGCUGAGCAGAAUGAGAAUGAUGAGGAGAGACAGUUCCGCAAGGUGUUCCAGCAACUCGCUGGGGAUGACAUGGAGGUAAGCCCCACUGAACUGAUGAACAUCCUCAACAGGAUAAUUGGCAAAUGUGGUGGCCUGAAGACUGACGGCUUUAGCCUUGAGUCAUGCAGGAGCAUGGUGGCUAUCAUGGACAGUGACAGCACAGGAAAGCUAGGUUUCCAUGAAUUCAAGUUUUUAUGGAACAACAUCAAGAAAUGGCAGGGCAUCUACAUAUCAAAUGAUGCAGACUGCUCAGGGGUCAUCUCCUCACAAGAGCUGUCCACUGCCUUCAAAGCUGCAUGCUUCCCUCUCAACGACCAGCUCUUACAGUUGAUCGUCCGCAGGUACAGUGACGAACACGGCAACAUGGACUUUGACAACUUCAUUGGGUGCCUGGUUAGACUGGACGCCAUGUGUCGAGCCUUCAAGACUCUGGACAACGAUGAUAAUGGAAAAAUCAAAGUCAACAUCCAAGAGUGGCUUCAGUUGACCAUGCACUCAUAAAACACCAGGGAAAGCCUACAAAAAGCCUACAUCCAUGUCUUUCUCUCUCAUUUAAGAUUUUUAUUUCAUAGAACCAUUGUUAUUAUUGUUUACAGACGUUCAUACAGCAUUCGGUCAUGAAUGUUCAUUCAAUUCAUCACUAGAUGGCAGCAUUGCAGCAACACUGGGAAAGCACAAAUCUACUUUCUCUCCAUUAGGCCAAACUCAAAAAUAUAUGGAAUAUGGAAAGGUAGUUCAGUUUUGUGUUUUCCAUUUUUCUGGCAACACACUUUUGGUCAAAAAUUUUAUACUGCCAUGUAAUGUAAUGUAACACAUACAUUAUAGUGCUCAAUAAAGAUACAGUAUUACUUAA